AUGACCCAAGAUAGGCAUCUUAUACUACUUAGAUUGUUACAUUUUUGUGAUAACAAAAAUCAGAUUCUAGGUAAUAGACUUUUUAAAAUUGAAACUGUUGUCGAAUCUCUUCGAAUGAAAUUUCGUUCAGUUUUUCGACCAUACCAGAAGAUAUGUGUUGAUGAGAGUAUAGUUGAGUGGAAAGGGAAGCUUAAGUUCAAACAAUAUAUUCCUUCUAAGAGGAAUCGUUUUGGAAUCAAAUUAUUUGUCCUUUGUGAUAGCAAAACAGGAUUUGUUUUAGAUUUUUUAGUUUAUACAGGUAAUGAUCAACAUAUAAAUUUUAAUGAAUCUUUGCAACAGUCAGGUUCAGUUAUAUCAACUUUAAUGGAACCAUAUUUAAAUAAAGGUCACAUAAUUUAUAUGGACAAUUGGUAUUCUUCUCCAUUAUUAUACCAAUAUUUGUUAGAAAAUAACACUGGUGCCUGUGGUACAGUUAGGAAUAAAAGAAUAGGUAUGCCCACUUUCCCAACAAAAUUAGCUUCUGGUCAAUGUGUAUCAGCUACAACAAAAAACAUGAUGACUUGUAAAUGGAAGGAUAAAAGAGAUGUUCAUAUGUUAUCAACUGUACACAAACCAAAAAUGACUGUAACAAAUAAAACUGACAGGUUAGGAAAUAAUAUUAAAAAACCACAAUGUAUAUUAGAUUACAAUGCAAACAUGGGCUUAAUUGAUAAAUCUGAUAUGCAGAUGUCAUUUAACAAUACGUGCAGAAAGUCUAUGAAAUGGUAUAAAAAGUUUUUUUUCCAUUUACUUGAUCUAUCUGUCCUCAAUUCUGGUAUUCUGUAUAAUUCUCUGAAGGAAACUAAAUUAAAAAUACCUGAAUAUCGAUUGAAAUUAAUUCAACAGUUACUUCAGACACAUAGUUUUUCUGAUAUGAAUACAAGUCCUAGUCGUCCAGGAAGAAAAAUUAAAGGAGAUUUUCCAACUCGUCUCACAGAUCACAUAAUUACUUAA